AUGACGGUUUUAAAUACUUGCAAAAUCGCUGUAUUUAACGAAUAUAUAUUACUAAUAUUAUAUACACGGUGGCUAGUGUACACGAUAAAUGAACAAAUUCCCGAAAGAAGAUCAUGCCUAAGUUCAUUCAGAGAUAUGUACUUGGAAAUUGUAGAAUGCUUAAACGAUGUCAAUAAAUCAAUACAUGGUUUGACGGCCAUAGUUGUUUUUAUUGCAGCAAAUGUCGCAGAAAUAAUCGAUUUGAUAUACUGCCAAGUAUUAUUUCCUAGAGAAUAUGAAACUUUAUUGGUAUAUCCUCUCGCAUCAUCAUUAACCUGUGCCACUAAGGUUCUAAUAUUAUACAUGAUUGGUCACUCCACGGAAAAAGAGAUAAAUCGGAUGAGCCUUAUCAAGUUCUUUUUACUACGAAGAUUGCACGAACACUUCCAUUUUCAGUUGUAUGGAAUGUGUCAUAUCAAUCUAAGGCAACUACUUAUCCUAACAAACAGUGCAAUUGGUUAUUUAUCAAUUCAAAUUCUGUUCAAAUUAAAUAAAUAA